AUGGAAUUGUCAACUGCCGACGAAACAGUCGAAAGUUGUUGCUGUAAAAUUAAGUUGAAGAAGUUCGUGAUAAAUUUAAAUUACGAAGUUGACAUAUUGGCAAGACCAGUGGAACACAUUUUACAAGCGGGCCCAGAAGAUCGGAACAUUUUUAAACAACUAUUUGGUGCUUGUAAUGUUUGGGUAAAGUGCCCCCAAGACGAAUUGAAAAUCUUUAAUGAUAUUGAAAGUGGAUUAUACGAUAUGCUUAUUAUACUAGACGAUAUUCUGGACGGAACGGUACUUCGCAAAGGACUUCCUUCUGCCCACUUGGUCUAUGGAAUUCCGCUAACGGUGCAUGCCACAGAACAUAAGAUGUUUCUAAUAAUGAAAAAUAUACUCUGCUGUGCGAAAAUUAGGGAGGACAUCGCUAUUAAUGAUUUUAUCACUUUGGGUAUUAGAUUUUUCACUGGACAAGGACUAGAAAUCUAUUAUAGAGACAUUCAACAAUGUUCAAGAUUUUAUAAUUUUUGUAAUGGAGAGACUCCUGUUGUAGAAUAUGCCACUGCCUUCGUGUGGGGACUCCUAUGGUUAAAACUCUGUGCUAAAAACGAUAAAAUCGAGUUGAGUGUAGAUUUUUGUGACAAAAUAGGUGAAUUUCUUCAGAUAUAUGACGACUACAUAAAUUUGCACAGUCCCAAGUACGCAACCGUUCGGAUUUUCUCCGACGAUUUGGAUGAGGGAAAAUUCAACUUUCCUGUAAUACAUGCAAUUCACACCCAUCCCAACGAUCAUCGCAUUCUGAAUAUGUUAAAAAAAAGACCACUGGACGUAGAAAGUAAGAAACUCUUUGUGGAGAUAAUGGAAAGUUUUGGAAGUUUCGAGUACACGAGAAAGGUACUGGAAGAGUUGAAAAAUGGAAUUCUGGUCGACGUGGACAACAUGAAUGUGGGAAAAAAUUUAUAUCUAGAACGAGUUCUCCACGAUGUACUCGAUAAUUUAGAAACGGAAAUUUAUUACGAUGGUUGCGACUAAUAUAACCUUGGCGAUUGCAUGUGUUUCAUUUGUUUGUAAAGGUACGAUACCAAAUUAAUUCUACAGGACGGCAGAAAGUUUAGUCGAUUAAUUAUAAGUUAAAAUGUAAUGUAUCUUCGAAGUGUCUACUUUUAAA